AGGAGAUAAACAAAAAGGAAGGAAGCUUCGGGUCACACAAUCGCGGCAAAAUCGGUUCAAAUAUUUUGGUUUUGGGCUGCAAUAGUGAUUGCAUGGUUGUUUGUGUUGUGUAGGUAAGCUCUUUUAGCCAUUUACAACCAUGGACGACACGAUAAUAUUUCGUAUGAGCGCGUUUUCGGAACAAGGAGGGAGGAAAUACAUGGAGGAUGUUGUCGAUAUAAGGAUUGAGUACGAACCUACAACAUCGCCCGUUGAGGAUGACUCAAAAUCACACUCGUACGACGGAGAGGACAAACAAAUGAAUGACAGUGAAACAAACAAACAGACUGCAAACGGAACGCAUGAACACACGGACCAUAAGGUCGAGUGCGGCCAGGCUGCUGCUGCUAUGUGGGUCGAGAGUCUCUCAAACGAGGACAGCGGUAACAACAGCGCGCCGGGGCAGGAUCAGGGCGCCCCAGAGCAUAGUGUGGUGGACACGAGGAAAUCCGUGGCAUUUUUUGCCGUGUUUGAUGGCCACGGUGGCCGUGAAGCAGCACAAUUUGCCAGAGAAAACCUAUGGAGUCUAUUAAAACGACAGCGAGGAUUUUGGUCUCACGACCAUAACGAGGUCUGUGCAGCGCUACGCAAAGGCUUCAUAGCGUGUCACCACGCAAUGUGGAAAGAACUGCCUGAGUGGCCUAAAACUCUCACAGGUUUGCCCAGCACAUCAGGAACCACAGCCAGUGUUGUGGUCAUCCGUGGAGUUCAUAUGUAUGUGGCCCAUGUUGGGGAUUCAGCAGUUGUUGUUGGAGUGAAGGAAAAUGACUCUGACAUUGCCUUGGAGGCCCUUGAACUGACACAAGAUCACAAGCCAGAACUUCCAAAGGAAAAGGAAAGGAUUGAGCGAUUGGGGGGCAGUGUUAUGAAGAAGUCAGGAGUGAACAGAGUUGUGUGGAAAAGGCCCAGACUGACUCAUAACGGCCCUGUGAGAAGAAGUACAGUCAUUGACCAGAUUCCCUUCCUGGCUGUCGCUCGCUCAUUAGGUGACCUUUGGAGUUAUGAUUUCUACAGUGGAGAAUUUGUGGUUUCGCCAGAGCCUGAUACAACUGUGAUGGCACUGGACCCCAAAAAGCAUCGCUAUAUCAUCAUUGGCAGUGAUGGACUGUGGAACAUGAUGCCACCCAAGAAUGCAGUGAAUAUGUGCUAUAGCCACGACAAAAUGGUGGGACCAAAGGCCAUGUCUUGUGCUAGGCGCUUGGGCUGCACAGCUCUUUUGUUUUGGAAAGAACGUAUGCUUCGAGCCGACAACACAACAGUUAUCGUCUUGGCCCUUCAUGAGAGAGGCGGCGCUCCCAUCCCCAUGCACCGAGAUGAGAUUGUUGUGGACAUGGCCACAGGGAUUGACCAUGUCCCAUAUCCCGGAACGACUUAUAACACGUGUGAGGUCCCAAAGGCGGAGCAUGAGGAUGGCAUGUAUUUUGAAGAGGAUGAGAUUUUUGGAGAAGAGCAUGAGGGAUGGACAUGCCUGGAGUGGUAGUGAGAGCAAUGACAUGACAGUCCCAUCCUCCAUUUCUCUGGAGCAGACACUGGGUUUGUAUGAAGCUGCUUUCUGUGCCACUACACAAGCGUUCCCUGACUGUGGAGGAACUAUGCCGCUCUCUCCGGAAGAUUCACAUAUUGAAAAGCAAGCAAUACCAACCCAAAUAGAAUCCACAUCCUCUUCUCCUCCUUUGAAGCGGACUCGUCGAUUUCCGCAUAGUAGCAGUGAUGGUAUUGGUCGGCCCUCUAAAAGUUUACUUCAAAAGACUCAUGACCAAGUACAAGGUGAACCAUCCCAUGAAAAAGUAGAGAAAAGCUCGUCUGAAGAAUGCACUAUUCUGCCCCAGCACCACGAGCUGCCUUGUGUGCGUGCUGAAUGUUAGCAAGAACAAUAAUCUGCAUUUUUAGACAUGAUGUCACAUGCUGCAGCCUAAUAUAUAUUUUAUAUGGACUUUCUGUAAAAAGGUGUAAAACUUGAGAUUAUGGCUGUGUUGCUGUGUUCCUCCCCCUUUUAUAGUUUUAUUUGAUUUUUUUUUUUUUUAUCAUUUUAACAUUUACCUUUUAAGAUUUUACAAAUGGUAUGAAAUUUUAAGCUUUUCAUUUUAAUAUCUAUUUUCAUACAAAAAAAAAAUGCUGAUUUACUCAAAAUUUUAUUUUGAUGAAGUAUUCAAAUCAGAUCACCUCUUCCACAAUAUUCAAAAAAAAAAAAAACUUUACUUGAUUGGAGUGUCUUUAUGACUGAGAGAGGAAACUGCAGUGAUAAUCAGCAAAACUACAUUUUGAAAAUUUUGUUCAUUUCUAACAUGGACAGAGAACACUUGAUAGGAGUGAUUCAGUUAAAAAAAAAGUACUUAGUCAUAAGCUAAUCACUCAGGAUAAAUCAUUGUUGUACUGUAAACAAACUUUCCCAAGUCUAUUUCAUGUACUGUCUCCUCGUCAAGUCAUUUUAAGUGUUUGUUUACUGUAUCAAUUGAUCUAGCAUAAUACUAUGACCACCUAGAUUAUUGGUGCACAGCAAUACUGGCUUAUAUUACAGCCCCUUAUGCGAUGUACCUCACUGGACUGCUGUUCAAUUGGUAUAGCUAUGAUGCUAAAUGAAUAUGUUUGCCCAUUUUCCCACUUCCAGUUGCAACAUAGCAAUUUUGAGGGCUAAAUGUUUAAAAACACAAAAACUUCCACUGCUCAAUACAAUACAAUAUAAUACAGUAUUAACAGAACUACCUUUAAUACUGCUGGUGGUAAUAGUGUUAUGCCUCAUUGGUAUGUAAAAGUUUAUUGUAGUGUUCUGUAUAUUUCUUUAGUAAAGCAGACGAAUAAGCUAUGGGUUAUUCAAAGUGGAGUAUAAGACCUGUGCCUUGUUCAGUUGGCUUUGCUCUCAUGUGUUAACUCCCAGAAAUACAAGAUGUCUUCCUCUUUUUUUAUUCCUUAUUUUAACGUUUUAACAUUUCAAAUGUUAUGGUACCAAUACAAAUUCAAGUGCCCAAUCCUAAAUGAUGGUGAAUUCUAACAAAAUAGUAUAUUCAAAGUUAUAAUGUGUAACGAUGGCAGCUCAGUACCUGUUUUGUCUCUGUCUUGUUUGUUGCCUUAGGACAAAUGUGCAUCUGGCCUAAUUCAGUCUAAUGUGUGAACAGCUGUGGCCUGGUGGUAAUCACAAAUCUUGCAAUUUGAGUUGUACCACUGACGAUGCUGCGUACUAACCCUGGCACUUCCUGUCAAAUGUUUAAUGUUGGUUUUGUAAAGUGCUUCAUUAUGCAAAAGAAGUUUGUACAGCACAUCAUUAUGCAAUGUUUUUCCUCUGGAGCAUGCUCAGAUACUAUAUUUAACUGUCCAGAGCCAAUGGAAGUCUAUGGAUUUUUUUUCUGAUAUAUUUGAUGAUAUAUUACAUCCACUUUGCAGAGGAAAUUGUUACAUUCUAUAUACAGUGACUGGUUCAGUGUUUGUUGUAAUAAAGUUCUCAUUUUUCACAAA